AUGGAUCUUGACAAGCAUUUAGAAAAUGUGAAAUAUUUUGAAGUAGAUACAAAAAAGUAUUGCUACUUGAAUUUGCUAACGGAUGUGUACAAGCAUUUCUCUCUUCAUUCCGACUUCAUCAAUUUAGUUGCUGGUUGUGGAAGACCUAUUACAAGUGACAAGGAUUUGAUUAGCGUCUUCAAAUAUUACGAUUACUUGGAGCUUGAGAAGAAUGUCGAUGGAGUGGAUGUGAUUGAUGAUGAAAAUAUGAAUGUUGAAGGGAUGAGUAUGGAGGUGUUUGAUAUGAAUAUUGAUACUAUUGAUGGUAGAGUCCGUGAGGAAAAUGUGGGUGCGAAAACAAGUAUUGAAAAUGUCAAUAUUUAUGGAGUAGAUGUUAGAAAAAGAAUGAAGCAAGUUUCGAAAGUAGUACAAGGGGAAGUAAAAGGGAAGACCAAAAGCGAGGAUGAAGAUUGGGUUAUAAAUGAUAAUGGGUUAGAUAAAGAUAAUAGCUAUAACGAGAGUAAUGCCGACAUCCCAAAUGAUGUUGAUGUAAGGUUUAGUCAUUGUGGAUUAGAUAAUUUUGCUGAUAAUGUAAGCUCUAAGGAUGAAGAAUUUGGUGAAAACCCCUUUAUAAAUCUAUUGAAAAACCGCAUUGCAUAG